UACUGAGUGGCAGGGAGUGUGGAGAGGCUUGGGAGAGACUGUAGAGAGACGGACAUCUUCGGUGUCAUGGAACUUCACUCCUGAACACCUGAAAGACCCUGAGAGCUUAAAUGCAUAUUUGAAACAGGAAUGUUGCGGCUCAUGCAGAUCUGAGGAGCCACAAAUGAUUUGGUGCCUAGCUAAUGCUUAUCGGGCCUUAUUCAAUAGUAUCCCAGAGAGGGAGAGAGUUUGUGAAAUUGAGAGAGUGUCUGAGAGCUGAAAGGGAGAGUUUGCAGGAGAGACUCCGAGCAGAGAGGGAGAAUCUCCAAGCUGAGAGAGAGAGUCUCCAAGCAGAAAGGGAGAGUUUGCAGGUGAGACUUCGAGCAGAGAGGGAGAAUCUCCAGGCUGAGAAAGAAAGUCUCCAAGCCGAAAGGGAAAAUCUUCAAACUGAGAGAAGGGAUCUCCAAUCUCAACAAGAUGCCCUCCAAAUCGAGAGAGACUCCCUGCAAUCCAAACUCGUCACUCUCCAGUCUGAAUGGGACACCGUCCAAACUGAGAGAAACACCCUUCAAUCUGAACUGAAUGCUCUCAUGAUUGAAAAAGACAGACUCCAAGCCGAACUGGAGGGUGAGAGCAUUGGAACUGACCAACCUGAUCAACCACAGGAGGCACCACAAUUGAUAUCAGUUGCCCCUGUGAGAGGACGGAAAAUGAAACGAAUCUCAACUCAGUUAGAAGAGAAGAAAGAGGAGCAAAGAGGUCCAGAGGAGUGGCUCCGAGAUCCAGGGGAAGCGCCCCCGAGUCCAGGGGAGGGACCCUCAGUCAGACCACGGUCACCAAUGCCUAUAAGGGCAUCAAGGAGUCCUGAAAGAGUAAGAGGUGAGCAAGAUAUUGUUACCAUUGUUGAUCGAUCUCUGAAAAUGAAUGAAAUUCGAAGUCUGAGAAAAGACUUUUCACGUCACCCAAAUGAACCUAUUGCCACUUGGUUACUUCGUUGCUGGGACAAUGGGGCCAACAGUGUGUGGCUAGAUAGUAGAGAAGCUCGCCAGCUGGGUGGCAUUGCUAGGGACUCAGCCAUUGACAGAGGCAUUAGUACAUGCCAGAACCAGGCCUUCACCCUCUGGAAGAGGAUGUUGUUAGCUGUAAAAGAAAGAUACCCCUUCAAAGACGAUCUGAUGCCUGAGAAAAAGAAAUGGACUGAUAUAGAAAAAGGCAUCCGUUAUUUGAGAGCAUAUGCUGUGGUGGAAAUGCUACAUAGCCCUGAUUUCAUUCCUGAUGAGCCGGAUCAAGAGCAUGAUCCUGAGAGAGUCAGGUGUACACCAAAUAUGUGGCGUACAUUCACAAAGACUGCACCAGAAAGGUACGCCAGUACAUUUGCAGCAAUGUAUGGCAGAGGGGAAAGAAGACCCCUUAUAAACGAACUGAUUAAUAAACUUCAAGACUUUGAGUUACAUUUAAGCCCGCUGCGAGCUUGUGUUUCAGCCAUCGCAAAACUGGAAGUCAAGAAAGCCAACAGUUCUUUGAAAGAUGAGCUUUAG